AGGAUAUUAUUGACGGGGUACUUACUGCGUAUUCAAAACUUCGCGCUUUAGCUUCAAUUCUUCGAUAGUAGACUCAAAGCUUGUAUGUUCCAUCUUCAUGGCUACCUUCUCAUCGGACGUCCUGCGCAAGCUUGCUAGAUUCUUUGCACAGUUGUUCAAAUCUCCACUUCGCCGAGCAUGCUAUAUAUUGCGAGUUUUCUAUGCUCUGCUCCGUAGGCUAGGAAGCAUUCGUGUUCGCUUCGACCCUGGCACUUACUCUCUAGGGAAUUUCUAUGAAGAGUUACACCCUACAAUAUGUGCGAGCGGCUUGCCUGCGAUCCACAUGCCCGCGACAGGCGACAAUCAGCCUGGCGACCGAUCACCUCGUACGCUUGCAGUAUCGGUGGACAUCGCAUCUCCACAGCAUCCAUUGUACCUGGCGCCACCUUCACAUGUCAGUUCCAGAAACGGCUUCAGCACCGGGACGAUGGAUGAUGAUGACCGAGUACCACAUGCCAACGUCGGCAGUGGACGAAUCUUCUUGGAAUGGAGCGCAUCAGCUAACGAGCCAGAACUUCUCUUCUCGCGGGAUGCUACGGAUCCUGCGGUACAAAAGUCCAUCAGGUUAUCAUCAAUCAUACCGACCGACGUCAAACGCUAUAACAGGAAAAUUAGAUUGAAUUGGGUUGAACCGACUCAAAUCGUCAUCAAGCCGAAAGACAGCAAGUAUGUGCAGGAGGUGCAGCGUGGGUGGAACGAUUUCGUGCACCCGGAAGGUCCCAGAGUUUACUAUCACCCCGAGACAAGAAUCUUCACAGAUGCAGACAUGCGCCCGGGGAGGGUGGAUUCUGAGAAUCUCUUGGUCAUGGCUAGAGCCCUCCAGGAUUAUGCAAAGAAUCAGCCAGAUGUACAGGCCAGGAUCGGUGAUGACACAGAAUUGGUGCUCGAGCUUGACAUCGCAAAACCUAACAUCAUCGAAUCUUGUGGCUACUAUUUCGUCAACCACGCGGAGAGGAUGAUAUUUUGGGCACAUCCGUAUACUUGCGAACCAGGUGGUGAGAUUGUGUUCAACGUCAAGGCUGCCAGGAAACACAGUCAUAUAAAAUAUUCAUUAGAAUCACAAUACUGGUACCACUGUGAGCUUUAUCCUCACAACCGAUACCUUCCGAGACAAGUCUUUGAAGAGUUGAGGGAAAUCAUUAUCCAUGCGAACGCAGAGACCAUCACCUCGGAUACGUCAUUGGCCCCUUUUGAUGGCAUUGAGCUGGCAAAAAUGUUGGAUCUAAUGGACCGUGUCGAGGGCAGCAUUGAUAAAAUGCAUGCUCAUUCUGUGUGUGUCGUAGCCCGGUUCAUGAGAUUAUUCACCAAAGGCAAACACACAAACUUCUGCGGACAACCUGGCGCACGGGUUGACGCCGACAGAUCCAUCUAUUACAAGGAGGGCCACGAGCGCGAAACACUGAUCUUCAGGUUCUCCAACCUAUUCCUCUGGUAUGGGCCACGCAAGCACUAUAAGCGUAUACAGAGAGUAUGGGUCGACGAGAUCAUCAAUGCCCCACGCUGGAAAGACUUUAUCACCCAACUAGACCACGAGUGGACGGGGUUCACGCUCUAUUCGACCGUUAUGUUGGCUGUUGAUGUCAGUUUCCUCGCAGUGCCUGGCAUCAUCGAUGUCUUCGAAACCUCGCAGACAUCGGCCAAUAUCGCGGUAUACAUGUCGGCUCUUUGUUCUGUGGGUUCACUUGUGGUUGCUGUACUGCUUGUCGACCAAAGCCAAGACUAUCAGACUGCCGAAGGCGGUGCUUUGUAUAUGUCCCUAAUGACCAGUGCAAUUCCCGGAAUUGAAAACUUGGCAUUGAUGCAUAGCUUGCCGUUUGCACUUCUUAUAUGGGCGAUGGUAUUCUUCGGCCUCGCUUUAUCUAUCCUCAUUUUCGAUACCAGCGAUGUCGUCACGCUCGCAACGAUGGUCCCUGGAUGGGCAAUUGUCAUGAUAUUCACGUUGUGGCCUAUGAUAGCCACUCCUGUUGGAUGUUUACUGGAUUUUGUGAAAUCCUUGGCCCAUCAGCCAAAACGCGUUGUCCGAUAUCUGCGUGACCCAAGGCACUCAGAGAUGGACCAGGCGCUCAGGGCAAGAGAUCGAGUUGCAUGAUGAUGUACAGUCGCAUCUGGAGCAUGUCACUACUAUCUGUACUAAUGUACCAUGGAUGCGUUUCUAUUUCUGUGGUUAGACUUCAGAGGGUUGGCUAGGUUUGGCGAGUUGAGAGCAUAUAUACAUCCUCCGAACUUUGUGAUAGUGUAUCCUUAUGAUUUUUCCGACCUUGUUCCGUUGUCCGAACAUUGGUUGGGGGGUCUCAUUUGCCACAGUACUGUGGAACUCUUCCCGUUUCGU